AUGUUACAAGCAAAGGAGAUGGGGUUUGAAAAGCAAGUGGACAGUGCAAGCAGCGAAGAACAAAGUGGGAUUUCGUGCUUUAAGCUCUGUCAAAGCGAAUGGAUUACGCUCAAGUCAGAGCCGUGA